UCACCUAAACCAGGGUCUUAGUUUGGGUCCUGGGCCCUGUGAGUUCCAGAAGUAAACAUUAAGCAUAACAAUCAGUGUCUAUUUUUUGUCGCUGAAUAGAUGGCAUUGUUUCAUCUGCAGAUAUGAAAGAAGAUGACGAUUUGGAGAGACGUGCGGUGGAAGAACUCCUCCGUGAAUCAAACAGAGCCCGGGCACGAGCAGAGACCAUGGGCCCAACUGGAUGGCUGAAGUGCCCUGUACAGAGCACCAACAAGCGCUUCCUCCUGAACACUCUACGCUCUACCGCUCUUCAGCGCCGCCCCGGUGGUCACUCAAGGGAGCGAUCACCAGUGGAAAGAGGACCAAUCGAAGAAUCUGGGCGUGAAAGGACAGGAAGCACACGACACCGGGAGGGCAAAGAGCGCAGUCAUAAACGAGACUCUAUUAGAGACCAUUCGCCUUCCAGACGCCAGUCCUCCCGCAGACAUUCGCGCUCUCCUAAAGACUGCUCACGCAAACCCAGCCAACCAUGCAGGACGCGUUCUUCCUCUCCUGUCCAUGACACGGACACGCCUUCAGCUGUCAAACAGCCCAGGGACAGGAGAACUCAUAAAUGAUCUUUUUGUUUUAACAUGAUUUCUCAGAUCCUCAGAUGUGCGGACUGUGUGUGCAUAGUGUCUGAGCAAGGGUGUAAGAUACUGUAUUAAUAUUGUUCCAUUUCCUAAUGAUAAAACCUUUAUUUAAGUAUGUUCUGUAUGCAGUACUUAUCGGGUUAUAAUAAAAAAAGUAAUUUUUGAUAGCAGAGAUUCACCAAAUCAGUGACUAGUUUCCAAAUACCUGUCCACUGAUAGAGUAAGCAUUGUGAGUAAAUGUAGUGUGUGUUGUUUUCCAACAGGGAGCGCUAAUGCUCCACACAUGCCAAAACUUAUGAUCUAAUAUUAAGGUUUCUUGUUUUUUUUUAGGGAUCUCAGUUUUUUAAUAUUAUUUAUUUAUUUUGCAAUGAUUUGUAACCUAACCUUGCAAUGAUGUAUCUAUGAAAGCUUGCUCUGUCGAAUAAUCAAUAUUGUACACAGUGGGUUACCAUAACGCAUCGAUGUGAAGGGCAAGGUCUUUGGGUAACAGUUGUGCUCCUCUUCAAGGUAGCCAGUCGACACACUGGGUGUGAUUGAUAGUGGAUUCAUUUCUGCUCUUGGGACAACUUAUAUUUCAAUUAAAAUGUCAUUAUAAUUCCAA